AUGACCUCCUGGAGCGUGUCAGUUGCCCUGGUUCUGCUGUGCUCCAGCACCCUCUGCUGUCUAGGUUGUGACCUGACUCAGGGCCUGCAGGAAGACUUUUCUUUUCUGAACCAAAUGAGUACAUUUUUCCUGCUGCCAUGUCUGAAAGACAGAACCAACUUCAACUUCCCAAAGGAAGCUGUGGAGGGCAGCCAGCUCCAGAGAGAAAAUGCUACAGCCAUUGUGCACGAGACCCUCCAGCAGGUCUUCACCAUCUUCAGUCUGAAUUCCACUCCUGCUGCUUGGAGUCAGACCCAGCUCAAGCAACUGCUCAUUGGACUGGAUCAUCAGCUGGACCAACUGGAGCAGUGUCUUGGACAAGAUGUGGACCGGGAAGAGCCUUCCUUGGGGAGUAAAAACUCUAGACUGGGCCUGACGAGUUACUUUCAAGGAAUAAGGCAAUACCUGCAAGACAAAGAGUACAGCCGCUGUGUCUGGGAAAUUGUGAGACUAGAGAUCAGGAAGAUCUUUUUAUUUAUGAACAAAUUCACAAGAAAUCUAAGGAACUAA